AUGAGAGAAAUUGUACACAUUCAAGCGGGUCAAUGUGGUAAUCAAAUUGGAGCCAAAUUUUGGGAAGUCAUCUCUGAUGAACAUGGUAUAGAUCCAACCGGAACGUAUGUUGGCGAUAGUCCCUUGCAACUAGAAAGAGCAAACGUUUUUUAUAACCAGUCUAGUGGUGGUAGAUACGUACCAAGGGCCAUACUCAUGGAUUUGGAACCUGGCACCAUGGAUUCUGUUAGAUCUGGCCCAUACGGUGAAUUGUUUCGCCCGGAUAACUAUGUUUUCGGUCAAUCAGGUGCAGGAAAUAAUUGGGCUAAGGGUCAUUAUACUGAAGGAGCGGAGCUCAUAGACUCAGUUUUGGAUGUGGUUAGGAAAGAAGCUGAGGGGUGUGAUUGUUUACAGGGUUUUCAGAUAACUCACUCUCUGGGCGGUGGUACUGGUUCUGGAAUGGGAACUUUGCUGAUCAGCAAGAUUAGGGAAGAGUACCCAGAUAGGAUAAUGGAAACAUUUUCUGUGUUCCCCUCGCCGAAGGUAUCAGACACCGUUGUAGAACCAUAUAAUGCAACACUUUCCGUCCAUCAAUUGGUUGAGAAUGCUGAUGAAGUUCAGGUUAUUGACAACGAAGCUUUGUACGACAUUUGCUUUAGGACGCUCAAAUUGAGCACUCCUACCUAUGGCGAUUUAAAUCAUUUGGUUAGCGCUGCGAUGAGUGGAGUGACAUGCUCGCUAAGAUUUCCGGGUCAGCUCAACUCUGAUUUGAGAAAACUAGCUGUGAAUCUCAUUCCCUUCCCGAGAUUGCAUUUCUUUAUGAUUGGAUUUGCACCCUUAACUAGCCGUGGCUCACAACAAUACAGGGCACUCACCGUACCUGAAUUGACACAACAAAUGUUCGACGCCAAGAAUAUGAUGUGUGCUUCGGAUCCCAGAAGGGGUAAAUACUUGACCGCUUGCGCUAUGUUCAGGGGGAAGAUGAGCACCAAAGAGGUUGAUGAGCAAAUGCUUAAUGUACAGAAUAAGAACUCAAGUUUCUUUGUUGAAUGGAUUCCUCAUAACACCAAGUCUAGUGUGUGUGAUAUCCCUCCCAAGGGCUUGAAAAUGGCUGUCACUUUCGUUGGCAACUCCACUGCAAUACAGGAAAUGUUCAAACGUGUUUCAGAGCAAUUCACUGCUAUGUUCAGGAGAAAGGCAUUUUUACAUUGGUAUACCGGGGAAGGCAUGGAUGAGAUGGAAUUCACUGAGGCUGAGAGUAAUAUGAACGAUUUGGUUAGCGAGUACCAGCAGUAUCAGGAGGCUACUGUUGAGGAUGACGAUUUUGACGAUGAGUAA